AUGACUUUGAUUCAUGGAGUCGACUACUCCGUGGUAGAUCCAGCCAACAAAUGGAAGAUUCUCAAGUCGCAAUCGAGAUUCGCCCUCUGGGAGAGAAAUUUUGGUAUCCUUCAGCCCGAUGGCAGCCACCUGAUCCCGGCACAUUAUCUCUCAGCCUGGAACUCCAUCGCCCCGGCCACAGAAAUCGUCUCUACCUUCAUCUUUGCACCUCUCCUCGACAGAUUCGGCCGCAAAUGGGGCAUCCUUGCUGCAUCCAUCAUCUCGGUCGCCGGAGUCCUCCUACAGCAGCUCGCCCCUGACUGGCGGAUGCAUCUUGCUGGCCGUGGCGUCAAUGGCAUCGCGAUCGGAAUGAUGUUUACAAUCUCGCCGCUGUGGAUUGGCGAGACGUGUCGUCCUGAACUUCGUGGCUUCUUUCUGUGCUUUUUCAACACCAGCAUCGUCUUUGGGCAGUUUGCCAUCGUGAUUGUGUCUCAAGGCAGUAGUCAUAUUUCAGGUCUCUGGCAAUGGUGGCUUCCUGUGGUCGCCAUGUACUUCUUCCCUCCUUGGCCUUUCUUCCCCGAGUCUCCAUACUGGCUUGUCCGGCGCGGCCGCAACGCCGAUGCAAAAAAAGCCCUCCGUCGCAUCUACGGGUUUAAGGAAAACGAAUACUACGACAUUGAAGUCUGUCGCAUCGAAGACGAGAUUCGUCUCACCAACGAGAGACACGGCAACCUUGACGACCUCCCUCCCCGCAGACUAUUGGGUGUUAACGUCCAACUCGAGGCCGAAUGCUUCAACACAGCGAAUCGCAAGCGCACCUUCACCGCCAUUUUUGCAGCUUCGGCCCAGCAAAUGAUCGGUGCUACGUUUGUUAUUGGAUAUGCAACGUACUUCUUCGAGCUCAUUGGCAUAAAGGACUACUUUGGGGCCUCGGUCGCUUUGUACGUCGUCAUGCUUCUUGCUAGCACCGCCGCGUUUCCUCUCACCGAGAUAUACGGCCGCCGAUUCUUGAUCGUGGGUCCGCAGUUCAUGCUCUGCCUCAUGCUCCUGAUAAUCGGAGUCUUGGGGUGUGUUCCAAACAAGAGUCAAGCAAGCUGGGGCAUCGUGGCCUUGCUGUAUGUCUGGGCGUUGAUCUACCAACUUUCCAUCGGUGCCACAGGCUUUGUGCUCGCUUCAGAGAUCGCCACAAUGCGGCUCAGGGCAGCAACUCAGGGCCUCAUCACUAUCACCAACUCUCUUUGGGGCCUGAUCAUGCAGUUCACUGUCCCGUACAUGAUCAAUCCUGACGCUGGAGACCUGGGCGGCAAGGUUGGGUUUAUAUUCUUGGCUACCGGGCUUAUUGCGGGUGUUGGCGGUUGGUACCUUUUCCCAGAAACCAAGGGUCUUUCUUUCGAGAGACUGGAUGAGCUGUACGCAAUGAACGUACCACCAAGGCACUUCAAGAGGACUGUGGCUCUGCUUGAGGAUGAACGGAGCCGGGCAGACCCUACCCAUACGUUGCGCUCCGUGUUAGCCAAGGAGGGAGAGGUCUCUGUCGAGCACGCCUAA